ACAUGCACUAUCUAUAACACACACACACACACACACAGACGGGUAUUGUAGCCUGUAUUGUCGGGGAUUUGUGCGCACUGUAAGGCGGUGAGAUGCGGCUCCGGAUCGCGGCUCUGCUCGUCGCGGUGAUGUGCGUGGACGCUGCGCCGCUUCCACGCGGAGAGACGCUGAACGACCGGCCGGUGAUCGGUAUUUUGACUCAGGAGGUUAGCGACCCUAAUCUACAACCGUACGGAGGAACCUACAUUCCCUCAUCUUACGUGAACUAUGUAGAGUCAGGCGGAGCACGAGUAAUUCCCAUAAGACUAAAUCAGACCAGAGAAGAACAUGAGAAAAUUUUCCGGUCGAUCAACGGCAUUUUGUUCAUCGGUGGUGCAGUAGACCUGGAAACAUCUGACUUUGCCCGUACAGCUGGACUUUACUUCAGACUUGCUAUUAAGGCCAAUGAUGAGGGUGAACCCUUUCCCAUCUGGGGAACAUGUCUGGGCUUCCAGCUCCUUACAGUACAGGUGGCUGGACAGAACCUGCUGAGCAAAACCAUGGCAUAUAACAUCUCAAUGCCUUUAAACCUUACUUCAGAGGCCCAGUCCAGCCGCAUGUUUGCAGGUUUCCCUCCCGAGAUGUUGAAGGCUUUAUCAGAGGAACCACUCACGGGAAAUUUCCACCAUUACGGAGUGACCGAGCAGGUAUUUGUAGGAAAUAAGAGACUAAACAGCUUCUUUAACGUAUUAUCCACGAACAAGGCGGAGAACGGAGCUGUCUUUGUCUCCACUAUGGAAGGGAAGAAGUACCCAUUCUACGGCGUUCAGUGGCAUCCAGAAGUAAAUCGUUUUCAGUGGAGUCCUCAGUAUAGUUUUCCUCAUUCCAAAAAUGCCGUCCGGCUGUCCUCAUUACUGGCAGAGUUUUUUGUGAAUGAAGGAAGGAGAAGCUCUCACCACUUCAGUCAGCAGGAGGAGAGUCGAGCGCUCAUAUACAACUAUAAUCCAGUUUAUACAGCAAACGUUAGUGGUUAUGAGCAAGUCUACUUUUUCUAAAUGAAAAACUCAGUACUGUUUUUUAUACGGGUUUAUCGAAUUCAUUAAAAAUGCUUUACACUUCUGUGAUAUUGUAUUUAAAAAAAAAGAACAUUGUUAAGAUUUUACAUGAAGACAACUCACAUACAAACUGAAUGCACUUUACAGUAUGUACACGACAUGUACAGUAUGUACCGUAUCCAUGACACGUUCCUACUCUUGAGUGUUUUUUUUAUUGAUAAAACAGCGUCACAUUACCUGCUCUGCCAGAGGGGGGCAGCAUUUAGCUUGUAACACACUUUUCCUAGGAGCUAAUGAACAUACAGGACUUCUAUGAGACAUAACAAAUAUAACGUUUGAUGUAAAGAUUUGACAGAAUUCUAGCGAAACAGUAAUGUCGCCAUAACAAACUUUAAAAAAUGGAUUUAACUGAUAGAUUUAUCUAAUGGAUUUUACUACAAAAAAAAAUAAACAACACUGAAAAAGA